CCCGUUCCAAACUUCGUUGGCGGGCUUCGUUGAUGAAGAACCUCAUCCAGGCCAUGAUUUGAAAGGCAUGCUUUACAGGUCAAUUCCUAAUGACUAAGAACCAAUGACUCAAAUGAAAAUGUUACAACAAUCCGACUUGAAUCACUAUCAUCCAUUUAAGACAAGUGCCCCGGAAGCUUGUGCAGAAUAAACGGUUUUCCAAAAAAUGGCAUUGCAGUUACGGAGCUACGUUAUUCUUAUACUAUCCGCUACAAGCGUACACCAAUCAAAAGCCCAGAAUGUGUACUGUGAUUUCGAAUCCCAUGGAGCUUGUGGAUACAGUAAAGGUAAAAGCGGCAUCGGUUGGAAAAGAAUAAAAUCAAAUAACCUUGCCCUGGAAGGAGUCAUUGAACCCCCACCUGGGGACCAUACAACAGGAAAGGGCUAUUUCAUGCACGUGAUGAAGAAUGAUAACAAUAAUGGCAACAAAAAAGAGUUAACAGCGCAGUUGAUGUCACCUUGGGAGGCCCACAGGCAAGACUUCUUUACUCUGGAGUUUUACUAUUUAACAAAAGUUGAGAAAAGUUUAGACUGCGAGUUGAGAAUUCACGUAAAUAACGUGAAAAGGAAAAACAAUACAUUAGCCUCUUGGAGACGUCCUUGUGUAACAAGUAAGAGCAGCUGGAAAAAGGCUAGCGUGCUUUUAUUUUCAGAAACGAUGUUUCAGAUAGUAUUUGAGGUGAUCUUUAGAGGAAAUGCACAAGUUGCUAUUGAUGACGUCAGCAUUGUCUAUGAUGACAUUGAUACAAGGCACUACACGAAGGCACCGAGUCCCACCAUGGUUUCCAAGACCAAUGAGUCAACAAUUUCAAUUAUAUCACUUGUCAUCGGUAUAGUCAAUAUGAUGUGGGUAAUAUGUGCCGUCGGCUUCAUCGUCUACACCAAGAGACAUGGCCACCUGCCUAGAAUUUUCGAGCAUCACGACAACGGUACAUACACUAGCCUUAGAAGAGAACACGCAUCUAAACCAGUUGCGUGUGUGACGUACGAAGUCCCAGCCGACAAAAUGAAAGAGAGUAACUACUCGUUUGAUAUCCCCGCAAUGCAUGGCAUGAAACGGGCUGACUCGGGACUAACCGAAGACCAGGAUGGAUCCGAAUGCAUCGGAAGCAGUAAUUACUUAAACUUAGCCCGAAGUAACGAUUAUAUAUACCAGGUUGUUCAGAGUGAUAGUACGUUGGUAUCCAUCUCUAACGUACAGGGUGUAAUUUAAUAUUUCUAGUUAUACCAUCUCCUAAACUCGCAUCCGUUUCUACACAUCUGGAAUGACGACCUAUCCUGUACAACAAUAAAACUCAGUAUUUUACAAGUAAUACGUUUUCUGCCAUUUAGAUAUUCAUCUAGUGAUAUUAUAAUAGCUCACAACAUACAACAGAUAGAACCGAAGAGUCUCCUUGGCUAGUCGCACAAACCGUUUUUCCUGCCAAAUUGUUGUGUGGUGUACAUUGCCAAUAUGUAAUAUGAUUACAUAAUCGUUCAAUAUUUAUUUCACACUCUUCAAUUAUCAAAUUAAUAUUAUUUUCGUUCAUUUCAUUUUCAUGCAACAGCGAGUGUCGUAUUAUAUCGUAGUAGUUUACCACAUACAACCGGAGACAGUUGGACUACUUUUACCAAUAUUUAUAUAUUACUGUUUUGCAUUUCUUUUCAGUUUAUGUUUAAGCAACAGUCAGUAAAUGUAGGACAAAAUAAAAACUUGACAACACUAUUUACGUGAAACACAUUUCAUUUCUUAUCCUUAUAUUAUUCAUGUAAGCGUACCAGUAGGCCUAUGUUUAAUAAUAGUGUAAAUAAAUAGAGGGAAUAUCAUUUAUUGUGGCUGACAGAAGACCAUUAUCUGUUCUUAUCUCGGUAUGUGUUUAAAUCUGCCAACACUGACGUAUUCAUAUAAUAACUUAUUCAUGGGGUUUUUUUUACAUGCAUCUCCUGCAAAUGGGAAACAUUGAAUCAAGUCAUGUAUGAAUAAUUGUUCAAAUAUGAGAAAGCAACUGAUACUAAUUUCUGCCUUCUGGAAGUGUGGCUACCAUGUGCAAUACAUCGGCAAAGUUUAAUGUUUUAAUCAAGUCCUUCAGAAUGAAUUUGUUUCAGCGGUUAUAUAGUAGCUAAUCGUAGUCAAUGACCGAACCAACUCUUAAUUACUCCACUGACGUGCUUUCGCUCAAUGCUUGUUGGGAUUUUUAAAGGCGAACUUGGAGCGGAGUUGUAGAUAACGCAACGUAUGUGAUUUACUUAAAUGCUUUGCGUUGUAGCUCAGUCUGAAAUGUUUUACUUUCUCUUAAUUGAAAUCCAUAAACAUAAUACUUAAACCUGAAUAAUGGAUAAUAAUGACAGCGUAGCUGAAGUCUACAGUAUGCUAAAAUAAUGCAUAUUUCACAGUACAUUACACAUACUUCACAUGAAGAAGUUAUAACAAUCAUCAUCACAUAAUAUGCCUGCCAUUAGUAUGUGACGUCACAGUUCGAAACAUUCCCGUACUGGUUUUAGCUGUGGUAAUGUUUUUACCCAACCCUCCCAUAGUUUUAACUUCACAUGAUGACUACAAGUUAUCAUAUAGCUUAUGUAGUCUGUAUUGCUAUCGUCUGUUGGUGUUUUCGGUGUAUAAUAAGAAAAAACUUCCAGAAAUCCAAAUUAUGAUAUGUUUUGACCUUCGACAUAGAUAUGUGCAGUCAGAACUACUAAAGAUUCAUGGGUGUAUCCAGGAUUUUUUUUCUGGGUGGGUCGUGAUCAUAAUUAUUUUGACUUUUUCACAAUGAAAUAACAGUAAGAUGUGAAUAAAAUGUCAAUACAAUUUGCUUGAAGCGGAUGGCAGGCUCAGUUUCAGAAUUGCUGGAAUUGUGAUAGAUUACGUCACGCAAUCGGUAAGGUCUUUGGAUUCAUUGCUAGUACCUCAUCAAUGCUUUUUCAUUUAUUUCAUUGUGAAAAGGCCCUUGAAAAAAAUUUCUGAUAAGAAAUGUGGACCUCUGAACAUAUUGGCGGGUCGUACGACCUUCCCGACCCCCCCCCACAACCCCUUGCAUAACCCAUGAGAUUUCAAUCCCCUUUAAUUUCUUUGCAUGAGAGUAUAGUGCUUUAUGUUGAAUGUGUUUGUGUUAUGUUGCGUAUACUCCAUUCUGUGAAAGGAAUACAAGAUAACGAGUUGAGUAUGCUGCACACAUUUAGUAUUUUAUUAUUGUUAUUGUUGUCAAGGACAUUGGUGUGAAGCAUUUUGAAAUGUUUAGACGACGAAGUCAUAUGUAAAUGCCAAAAAAAAAAAAUACAAUGUAAGUCUAUGCUGGUACAUACUUGUUUGUUUGAGGAUUAAUUUUAUAUAUAUUUAAUUUAUUCAAACCACCAGCAAUAUAUCAUAAUAACCACUGAAUAUAAAAAAAUAUCGUGCGGAGUAUUUUGAACUUUUUAAAAUUCUAUUGUAUUUUAUUAUUGUUAUGUUUUUAAUGCCAAGGACACUGAUGUGAAGCACUUUCAAAAUGUUUAGAUAUUAAAGUCAUAUGUAAAUGCCAAAAAAAAAAUCAUAUAAUGCUGGUACAGAAUUUCAUUGUCUCAGUAUUAAUUGAUGUGUAUAUUAAUUUAUUCAAACCAACAGCAAUGGUAUAUCGUCAGUACAUUAUCAUUAGUGUUAUUAUUAUAUUUUCUAUUUUGCAUGUAUGUAUUUCUUAAGAAAACCACUAUGAGGUAUUGUAUUAAAAUUAAGUUAUGAACUUAACAAAUAAAAGGAAAAUAUUAAUUAAAAAAA